CGGGGCGGAGCGAGUGCUUGAGCAAAAUACAAAAUCAAGUGUCCGACAUCUCUGGUUCCGAGUCACGAUUAGUUUGCAUGCAAGGACUGACUGGAUAGUGGAAGUGUCGAAUUUAGGUUGAAAUAGUUUUUUGGAAAGAACCCCGUGCAGUCACAAUAACCACCGAGCUUGGAUCCAGCUUUUCACUCAUUUAGGAAUAGCGUUCCCUGUCGAGUCAAGAUGGCUGAAACUGAGGGGAAGUUCGACUUCGCUAUUGACCGGGGUGGCACCUUCACCGAUGUGUUCGCCAGGCUUCCAGAUGGUAGCGAGCGGGUCCUGAAACUUCUGUCUCGGGACCCCCAGAACUACAAGGACGCUCCCACAGAGGGGAUUCGCAGAGUAUUGGAGGAGGAAACUGGCAAGCUUUUCCCACGGGAGCAGCCGGUGGACACCUCUCUGAUUGGCUGGAUCAGAAUGGGCACCACAGUGGCGACCAAUGCGCUGCUGGAAAGAGAAGGAGAAAGGACCGCCCUUCUUGUCACGAAGGGGUUUAAGGAUCUGCUGCACAUCGGCACACAGGCCAGGCCCAAGCUCUUUGAUCUGGAGAUGUCCAUGCCUGACGUGCUCUACGAGGAGGUCAUCGAGGUCGACGAGAGAGUCGUCCUCAAACAGGAGGGCUGCCAGCUCCCAAGGAAAGACCCAAAACGUACCGUCAAAGGCAGCACAGGGGAUUCUCUGGAGGUGUGGAGAGAGCUGGAUCUGAAGAGCGUUGAAAAGGACUUGAAGGGAGUUCUGUCUCGUGGUAUCACCAGCCUGGCCGUCCUCCUGUUGCACUCAUAUACAUGGUCGGCCCAUGAGAAGGCGGUGGGGGCGUUGGCGCGGCGCCUGGGCUUCUCCCAGGUGUCCCUGUCCAGCGAGGUCAUGCCCAUGGUGCGGGCCGUGCCCCGGGGCUACACCGUGUGUGCCGACGCCUACCUCACGCCCAAGAUCCGGCAGUACCUCAAGGGCUUCACCUCGGGCUUCAAGGGUGGCCUGAAGGACGUGGAUGUGCUGUUCAUGCAGUCCGACGGGGGCCUGACCCCCAUGGAGCAGUUCUGCGGCUCGCGGGCCGUGCUGUCGGGCCCCGCGGGGGGCGUGGUGGGGUACGCCAUCACCUCGUACAGCCAGACGGAGCAGAAGGCCGUCAUCGGGUUCGACAUGGGAGGAACGUCCACGGACGUGAGUCGCUACGCGGGGCAGUACGAGCACGUGUUCGAGGCCACCACGGCGGGUGUGACGCUGCAGGCGCCCCAGCUGGACAUCAACACGGUGGCGGCCGGUGGUGGAUCCCGCCUCUUCUUCAGGUCGGGGAUGUUUGUGGUGGGGCCAGAGUCUGCAGGGGCACAUCCUGGGCCCUCCUGCUACAGAAAGGGCGGUCCUUUAACCGUGACGGACGCUAAUCUGGUGCUGGGCCGUCUGAUGCCAAGCUUCUUCCCCCGGAUCUUCGGCCCGGGGGAGGAUCAGCCCCUGUCCCUGGAGGAGUCCCUCAAGCACUUCCGCAGCCUGGCCAAGGACAUCAACCACUUCCUGUCUUCCAGCCAAUCACAGUCCAAUGGCAGUGAGCGCGGCAAGAGAAAGUGUCCAGAUAGCAAGUCUGUGAUGACGGUGGAGGAGGUCGCCAUGGGAUUCAUCCGAGUGGCUAAUGAGGCGAUGUGCCGGCCAAUCAGAGCCCUGACGCAGGCCAAAGGUCACGACACAUCCCAGCAUGUCCUGGCUUGUUUCGGAGGUGCGGGCGGGCAGCACGCAUGUGCCAUCGCCAGAGCCCUCGGCAUGAAGUCAGUCUUCAUACACAAGUACAGCGGGGUGCUCUCUGCCUACGGCCUGGCCCUGGCCGACGUGGUGGAGGAGGUGCAGGAGCCCUGCUCGCUGCAGUACAGCCAGGCCUCCUACAAGGAGCUGGACCGCAGGGUGGAUGAGCUCACGCGGCGCUGCAGAGACACACUCGGCGCACGGAGCUUCAGCAGUGGUCAGAUCAACAUGGAGGUGUUCCUUCACCUUCGCUACCAGGGCACCGACUGCGCACUUAUGGUGUCCGCCGACGGUUACCCUGGCAACGCCCAAUCCUGUCGCUCGGGAGACUUCCGCAGCGGGUUCACCAAGCGCUAUCUGAAGGAGUUUGGCUUCACCAUCCCGGACCGAGCGAUCAUGGUCGACGACAUCAGAGUGAGGGGUUCUGGGAAAUCAGGCAUCCAAUCGGUCGUCAAGGCAAAGACGGGCGACGGAAGGGCGAAGCCCGUCACGACGGCCAAGUGCUACUUUGAGGGCGGUUACGUGGACACCAGCGUGUAUCUGUGGGAGGAGCUACCGUGCAGCCACACUAUCCAGGGACCAGCCAUCAUCAUUGACAAGAACAGCACCAUCCUGGUGGAGCCCUGCUGCGAGGCCCAGCUGACCGAGGGGGGGGACGUGUGUGUAACGGUGGGCUCGGACCCCCACUGUGCCCUGGGAACCGAGCUGAACACGGUGCAGCUCUCCAUCUUCUCCCACCGCUUCAUGAGCAUCGCUGAGCAAAUGGGCCGGGUCCUCCAGAGGACCUCCAUCUCCACCAACAUCAAGGAGCGCCUGGACUUCUCCUGCGCCGUGUUCGGGCCUGACGGGGGUCUGGUGUCCAACGCCCCCCACAUCCCCGUGCACCUGGGGGCCAUGCAGGAGACGGUGCAGUACCAGAUCCGAGCGCUGGGGGAUAACCUUAAAGAAGGAGAUGUGAUCCUGAGUAACAACCCCUGUGCCGGGGGCAGCCAUCUUCCCGACCUCACCGUCAUCACCCCAGUGUUUAGGAGAGGUGUGAGCGGGCCGGUGUUCUUUGUGGCCAGCAGGGGGCACCACGCCGACAUCGGAGGCAUCACCCCAGGCUCCAUGCCCCCCAACUCCACCUCCCUGCAGCAGGAAGGAGCCGUCUUCACCUCCUUCAAACUGGUCACAGGGGGGGUCUUCCAAGAGGAGGCCGUGACGGAGGCGCUCAUGGCUCCAGCCAAGUACCCAGACUGCUCUGGGACACGUAAUCUCCAUGACAACCUGUCGGAUCUGCGCGCUCAGGUGGCGGCCAAUCAGAGAGGCAGCCAGCUGGUGGCCGAGUUGAUUGACGGCUACGGGCUGGCUGUGGUUCAGGCCUACAUGGGCUACAUCCAGAGUAACGCUGAGCUGGCGGUCAGAGACAUGCUGAAGGAGUUUGCCCUGAAGAGGCGGCAGCAGACGGGCCGCCUGGAGGUGGAGGCGGAGGACUUCAUGGACGACGGGACGCCCAUCAGGCUGCGGGUCAAGAUCAACGAGGAAGAGGGCAGUGCCGUGUUUGACUUCACGGGCACCGGGACCGAGGUGUGGGGGAACUGCAACGCCCCUCGCGCCAUCACCCUCUCGGCCCUCAUCUACUGCCUGCGCUGCAUGGUGGGCCAGGACAUCCCCCUCAAUCAGGGCUGCCUGACGCCCAUCAGCGUGGUCAUCCCGCCCGGGUCCAUCCUUCAGCCUUCCCAGAAUGCAGCUGUGGUGGGGGGGAACGUCCUAACGUCGCAGCGAGUCGUCGACGUCAUCUUCCGAGCGUUCGAGGUCUGCGCCGCCUCGCAGGGCUGCAUGAACAACAUCUCUUUCGGCAACGAGACGAGUGGUUACUACGAGACGGUUGCCGGGGGCGCGGGGGCGGGGCCCAGCUGGCAUGGGCGGAGCGGGGUCCACAGUCACAUGACCAACACUAGGAUCACCGACCCCGAGAUUCUGGAGAAGAGGUACCCGGUGGUGUUGGAGCAGUUCUCCCUGCGCUCCGGUUCGGGCGGAGCAGGGAAGUACAGCGGUGGGGAGGGGGUGAUCCGCAAGCUGCUCUUCAGGGAGAAGGUGGUGCUGUCGGUGCUGACGGAGAGACGCUCCACCCGGCCGUACGGCAUCAUGGGGGGGAAGAGCGCGGCUUCUGGGCUGAACCAGCUGCACAGAGCCGACGGCAGAGUGCUCAACCUGGGGGCCAAAACGUCCGUCGCCCUGGAGCCUGGGGACAUGUUCUGCCUAUACACGCCUGGAGGAGGGGGGUAUGGGGAGGAGGAGGAGGGGGAAGACGGCGCAAAGUCUGAGAGCAAGCGCAGACGCUUGAACAAAACCUUCCCCGAGAGAGGCAGUGUGUUCGAGUAUCGCAUGGCCCAGGAAGGCGUGUGAAAAGGAUGUUAGGAUGCUUUUAUUUCCAAGGAUGGGACGAUGAAAAGAAAAAGUUAAUAGAACCAUCAUUCCAACCAAUGUUCAUGUAGAAGUCAGCUACCUCUUACAUUUUCCACCACUAUUAGAAGAAUAGGAAUUGUUGUCCACGGUUUAAGAUUAGUGCGUUUGCAGUUUUACAGAUCUUUGGAUUUCAUGUAAUACCACCAAUUUGCAUUGCAUUGACUUAAAUAAGUAUAGUAGGAUUUGUCUAACAGUACAAACUGGAAAUACUUGAAAUCGGACUUGUUGGGCCAACUCGAUGUAGCAAUGAUGUUUCAUGUCUGUUCUGCAAGAUAAGCCUAGUUCUGAUAUGAGUAUUCAAAGGAAAUCCACAUUCAACAUUUACUUCAAUCCAUCCUGUUGUAAAAGCGGUACAGAUUACGGUCGAUGAUUUAGACUUUGCAGACUUAUUCUUAACCCAGAGUAUAUUUUAUAACCAAACAAAUAAAACCCACUUCAAAUAUA